AUGACAUCUAAUGUAUAUGAUGAUUUAAAUGUCGAUGACUGUGAAUUCUACGUUCAACGACAUAACAUUCAACAAAUUUUAAAAGACUGUAUUGUUCAGCUAUGCAUUGUAAAACCAGAAAGGCCUUUAACAUUUUUUAGACAAUACUUUCAAAAAUUGGAAAUGGAACAAGAGCAGGGGAACGACAACCAACACGGAGAAACAGAUGAGUUCUUUCAGUCAGCACCGACGUCAGGUCCUGCGAGUCACGUCCAACAGUCGAUCCGGCGAAGAGGUGGCAUAUCGGCUGAGCACGUUUCUGAAGAAGAAGCUACUAGCUAUGUCAAGAAAGUAGUACCAAAAGACUACAAAACAAUGGCGGCUUUGUCGAAAGCGAUCGCUAAAAACAUAUUGUUCUCUCAUCUAGACGAGAACGAACGGUCGGAUAUAUUCGACGCAAUGUUCCCGGUUACGUUUCUACAGGGCGAGUCUAUUAUUCAACAGGGUGAUGAGGGAGACAAUUUUUACGUAAUUGAUGUUGGCGAAGUCGAGGUGUACGUAAACUCGGAACUGGUGACAGUUAUCGGUGAAGGUGGAAGUUUUGGAGAGCUGGCUUUGAUCCACGGUACACCGAGAGCCGCCACGGUACGUGCUAAGACUGACAUGAAGCUCUGGGGCCUGGAUCGAGACAGUUACAGGAGAAUACUUAUGGGGUCAACGAUUCGAAAGAGAAAAAUGUAUGAAGAAUUCUUGUCACGCGUCUCUAUUCUAGAAAGUCUAGACAAAUGGGAGAGACUGACCGUAGCGGAUGCCUUAGAACCCGUAUCAUUCGAUGACGGUGAAACAAUUGUCAGACAAGGCGAACAAGGAGACGAUUUUUAUAUAAUCGUUGAAGGUACGGCGCUCGUCCUGCAGCAGAGGGUCGAAGGAGAGAGUAUGAUCGAAGUCGGCAGACUCGCGCCGUCUGACUAUUUUGGCGAAAUUGCACUGUUACUAGACCGUCCAAGAGCAGCAACUGUCAUCGCCAAUGGUCCGCUGAAGUGUGUGAAACUCGAUCGGGCUAGGUUUGAAAGAGUGUUGGGUCCAUGUGCUGACAUAUUAAAAAGGAACAUCACACAAUAUAACAGCUUCGUAUCCUUAUCCGUAUAGGAUUUAUAUACAACGAACAAUAAUAUUAUUAUUUGUUUUCAUUUUCAGAACUAUUACUUAUUGGUUAUUAUUUUAUUAUUAUAAAUUUUCGUUACAGUGUUGUAUACUAUUAGGCAAUUAUAAUUAAAUCAAAUUUCGUAAUUAUAAUUUUUUUUUUUUUUUUUUUUGUUAA